AGGUGCAGAGUUUGUCAUAAAAGUUUAUAAAUUCGCGUGCUCGACCUCCAGUUCAGCCUGUUUGCACCCAGAGACUGACGUGUUGCUUUUUUUGUGACUCCGUCGUGCUUACGAACCCUGCUGCAAAGAUGACCCACCAAUUUGUUGCACUCACCCCUGAGCAAAAGAAAGAUCUGUCAAGUAUUGCUCAGCGUAUCGUUGCUACCGGGAAGGGCAUUUUGGCUGCAGAUGAGUCCGUAGGUACGAUGGGGAAGCGUCUCCAGAAGAUCAACGUGGAGAACACAGAGGAGCACCGCCGCGUUUUCCGCCAGCUUCUGUUCUCUACAGAUGCAUCUGUGUCAAACUGCAUCGGUGGGGUCAUUUUCUUUCAUGAGACCCUGUAUCAAAAGUCCGAUGCAGGAGUGCUUUUCCCCAAGCUCAUUAAGGACAAGGGCAUUGUAGUAGGCAUUAAGGUGGAUAAGGGCACAGCACCUCUUGCUGGAACAGAUGGAGAGACGACCACACAGGGCUUGGAUGGUUUGGCAGAACGCUGUGCACAGUACAAGAAAGAUGGUGCAGACUUUGCGAAGUGGCGCUGCGUCUUGAAAAUCUCAGAUUCUUGCCCCUCAACCUUGUCCAUCAUGGAGAAUGCUAAUGUUUUAGCACGCUAUGCCAGCAUAUGCCAGCAGAAUGGUUUGGUACCGAUUGUGGAGCCUGAGAUUUUACCAGAUGGGGACCAUGACCUCCAGCGUUGCCAAUAUGCCACAGAAAAGGUACUUGCUGCAGUCUACAAAGCCCUUAAUGACCACCAUGUUUAUCUGGAAGGAACACUCCUUAAGCCCAAUAUGGUGACAGCAGGACACGCCUGCACCAAGAAGUACACCCCACAGGACAUCGCUAUGGCCACUGUGACUGCCCUGCGCCGCACUGUGCCAGCAUCAGUUCCAGGCAUCUGUUUCCUGUCUGGCGGUCAGAGUGAGGAAGAGGCAUCCGUCAACCUUAAUGCCAUUAACCUGUGCCCGCUUCAUAAGCCAUGGAAACUGACCUUCUCUUAUGGCCGCGCCUUGCAGGCAUCUGCACUUUCUGCCUGGGGAGGGAAACCUUUAAAUAUCGAAGCUUCUCAGAAGGCCUUCUUUGAGAGAGCGAAGAUCAAUGGCCUGGCCUCCAAGGGGGAAUAUGUGCCCAGUGGGAAGACGGAUAAACAUGCAUCCCAGUCUCUCUUCACAGAAAGCUACGUCUACUGAGCAAGCCAUCAUCCCAACAAAUCUGGACCAAGUGCACCUCAUCACUUUAAACAUUCUUUAAAUACCAGCCUCUAGUGCCAUCCUAUUUGGUCAGUAUGAGGCCUGUGCCUUACUAAGGGUGUUUUUUAUAGAUUUGUGCCAGAUUUGAUGUGAGUUUAAAUUUUGCAGGGAACAUGUUCAGAUCCUUUUUUUGUAUGCAUUUCAUGCUUUUGAAUUUUUGCUGUGCAGUCUAUCUGAAAAAUGAAAUGUAAAACCAUUCUGACAGAUAUUGAUACCAAACAGUCACAUUCACUGUUAAGGGACGUGGUGGUUUUGUUGAUUCCAGUAUUGUCCUUUGCUAUGUAGAGUGCCUAAAUACUCCUAAUGCUUGCUACUGAAGUUGAAAGGAAGAUAAAGAAGGUUAUUUUAACACUUUUCAAGGAAUAAGAUGCUGAACAUCUACCCGUUUGCCUGGGCUGUCUUUGUAAUAAACCAAAGGACAUGACAUAACUUUGUGCCAUACUUUCUACCAUACUCGUUUCCAUUUUGGAAGGGACCAAUUUUAAAGGUUUAAAGGUUCGAUGUGAAGAAUAACAUUUAAAACUGUCAAAUGUUUUGCUGCUGGAUCUGUUUUAAUGUGAACCAAUACACCAACUGGAAAUAAAAUCUUAUUAUUUGUGUCCUU